CUUGAAGCCGGCAGAAUGCUCAGUACUCCCCGCCUGCAGUCCUCAACGUCAUAUCGAACCCCUGCCCAGCGCUGGCUCAAGUUCAUAAAAGUGUCAAACACCGCAGAAAGGCAGUCAGCGCGUCAUGCAUCUGACCUACUUGUAGUAGGCAGCAAGGACAUAACUUUUUAUAAAAGGAUAUCAGGCGCGGUAACUAGUUGAGGCACUGCUACCACCAUUUCCUUCACCCUGGCUGCCAGAUCCACCACUCGGCUAUCCCGCCUGCUUUCCACGAUGGCUCAUCCCACGACCACCUCCACGGCACCAUGGAAGCCGACAUUUGAAGCCCAUCUGGACCAGGUCGGCGGCGCUGGCGCAGAAUUCGUUCUCUCGACCGUGACGGCAAACGGCUUACCACGGGCCCGAACAUGUAUAUUCCGCGGCUUCUGGGCCACCCUACCGCCCAACGAGCACAACAAACUCCCCAAAAACCCCCCAAUCUAUGAAUCGGACUGUCCUACAUUUACAACCGAUGCACGCAUGGGAAAAGUGUAUGACCUCUUUGCGACGGGCAAAGGGAAGGGCGACCUGGCGCAGUCGCGUUCUGGCUCUGGCGGCGGCGGUCCCGUAGAAGCCGUCUUUUGGAUCAAAGAAACAAUGACCCAAUGGCGGAUACGAGGAAAGUGUUGGCUCAUUGCGGCCGACGACGCUGAAGGCGGUGACGAGGCACAAAACUCCGGAACCGUGACUGUCAAGGCCGAGGUUGGACGAUAUAUGCGGGUGAAAGAGGGAUCCGGUCAUGCCGCUAAGGACAAAGACUGGUCGUGGAGACUGGAAGUGGAAAACUACUUUGAGAAUCUGUCGCCCGUGAUGAGAGGGACUUUCAAGAACCCACCUCCAGGCCAGCCACUCCAAGAAGGUAAAAAUGACCAAGCAGGCGAAGGAUUGGGACAGCAAGCAGGACACUUAUCGGACGAGCCUCUUGCGCGAAGGAAUUUCAGAGUCUGUAUCAUUACCCCUGAGCAAGUAGAGGCGGUCGAUCUCAGCGAUCCUGCCAACUGCACGCGCCAGGUAUGGACAUUGGCCGAAGAAGUGGGAGGACCUGGGGGUCCGCAGCCAAGUGAAUCUAUAGGAGAGUGGAAUUUGGUGGAGACGUGGCCUUGAAAGGACUUGGUCCUUUAUACUAUUUGUCGCUACAUACUCAAGUCAGAGCUUCAAUGUGUAACAUGGACGCGGCACGUCUGGAGAAAAAGAACUCGAUGCAGCGUUUGUAGAUGGAGGCUAUCUCAGUAGAGCUGUUGAUGCUGGUUGACAAUGUGCUGCUUGCAGAAACUGUCCAGAUGCAGGACGUUGCAUCGCUGUAUGGAAAUCGAAAUCAAAUCAGGGCCACCGCGCCGAGAACGGCAGCUCCCAAAACACCCCAGCCAGCCGUGAACAUCGCGGCGCUGUUGCCGGUCUGGGAGGUCGUAGCGCCACUCGCAGUACCGGUCGCACUCGAGCCGGUAGAUGAGGCAGACGAGCCUGAGCUGGAGCUGGAACCGGAGCCACUCUGAGGCGAGCCAUCAGCAUUUGACUCGUUGGCGUUGAUUUUGGAAGACAGAGGAUAAGCAGUAACUCCGGUUCCAUUGGAGCACGCGCUGGGGAGGGACUGGAUGGUGGGAGAUGAGGUGAAGGUCAAAUCGGCGCACUGAAAAUCCCAUCAUGUUAGUUGAAACCAUUCCCACGAUUGAUUGUCCGCA